GACAGGAUUCACUGUAGAUUGGAUGUGCAGUAGAAUGAUGUGUAUAAAAAGGCUCUUCUAGAGGAAGAGGAAAAGGUUCUUGAAUUGGAAGACUACUGUAUAAUUAUACAUAUGUACAAUGAAGUUGAUAGCCGAUAACUGGUAGCUGCUGGUAGCGUAGCGGUCUGUGGAUGGAUUCCAUGAUUGUUGCUGCACGGUGAGCUGUUCGAGUUAUGGUCACUUCCAAAAUUUCGAUGACAUGGCAACAUUAGACGACGAUUCGUUUCUCGAACUUAACACACGUUUCGGGGAUAAUAUGCAAAAAACAGAAUGGAUUCCCUUGUCUCUUACUCUAGUCGAGUAUCCCCAGGGUGACCUUUUUGGAAAAUUCUUAGCUCUGAUAAGUCUAGCACCAUUUGCUAUUAUAGCUGGUUUCAUAACAUUGAUCCUAUUUAGAAGAGACUUGCAAACUAUCACAUUUUUUAGCGGUAUUAUAAUAAAUGACUUCAUAAAUUUUGUAUUAAAACAUACAAUUUGCCAAGCAAGACCAAUGAGACGUGAUGUUGUUUUUGUUGAAUAUGGUAUGCCAUCAAUGCAUGCACAGUUUAUGUGGUUUUUUGCUGCAUAUACAACACUUUUUAUAUGCAUCAGGUUGCAUCACAAUAACAAUAGUACUGUUUCUGAAAGAUUCUGGAGAAUUGCUACUGUGGUUGCUUGUAUACUUGCUUCUCUUUUAGUGACAUAUAGUAGGGUUUAUUUGUUAUACCAUUCUAUUUCUCAAGUCCUAUAUGGUGCACUCAUAGGAAUUAUAUUGGGAGUAGUAUGGUUUAUAAUAAUGCAUGUAGUGUUUAUACCAAUUUUUCCUUACAUUGUUUCAUGGCGGAUAUCAGAGUACCUAUUGUUACGUGACACAACAUUAAUUCCUAAUAUUCUCUGGUUCGAGUAUACGAACAUUCGUACAGAGGCACGAGCACGUGCACGUAAACUUGUGUCAAUGAAAUCACAAUGACAUCUAAUGUCUAGCCAUGGGCUGAAAACAAAUAGGAAAUAAAUAACUGAUGAAAUAAAUAUAUAUAUAUAUAUAUUAAGAAGCAAGUGAUAUCAUUCCUUCAGUCAGACGAUAUUAAAAAGAUACCAAAAUUCGUUCGACUCAAAGAAAUAUCUUGAAUAACGAGUGGCAAUAUUUUGCCAUUAGUAAUAUUUAAACGCAUAAGGUACUAGUACAAAUUUUGCAUACAAAUUUUCACGUUUAUAUGGUCAGUACCUGUAUCUUUGGAUAUCUAAGUUUUUAUAAUUUUUCACAAAUUAUUUAUAAUCCAUACUUAACGAGCAAUAUUUAUACAUUUUUAUUAGCUUUUAUAAUUAAACAAUGUAUAUAGAAAUUAUACAAGUAAUUAUGUAAAUCUUUCAGUUUUGUAAAGACAAAUAUUAUUUAUGAUAUAAUACAAAAUAAAUAUUGGUUACUUUAAAGGAGGGAAUAAACUUAGUACAAUAAA